UGACAGGUAGCUGCUGCUGCUUGCUAGCGCUUCAAUCUCUGAAAACCCUAGAAAGAGAGAUUGGAAUCAAAGGACACUAGUGCGGAGAGGUCUAAUGGCUGCCAACAAUCAACCAGGCGCUCUGGAUAAAGAACAGAUCUUUGGGAUGGCAGAGAAGGAAAUGGAGUAUAGGGUGGAAUUGUUUAACAAGCUUACCCACACAUGUUUUAAUAAGUGCAUUGAGAAAAGGUAUAAGGAGUCUGAGCUAAAUAUGGGUGAAAAUAGUUGCAUUGAUCGUUGUGUUUCAAAAUAUUGGCAGGUGACCAAUCUAAUUGGGCAGCUGCUUGGUUCCAAUCGCCCACCAAUGUGAAUGUUAGGCUUGGCCCUCAUUCAAAUUUGCUGAGACUUAUUUCCAUGAAUUACAUUGAAGUGUAUUACUAUCUCAGGCAGCUGCAAGGGGAAUGUAGGUUGGAAUUGUUGCAUUAGUUCUGCCAAGCUCAUUGUUUUUUCAACUAUACAACGUCAUGCUAGUUUGUUAUUCAAUUACGAAACAAUGGCAGCUUUACGUUGAUGCUGCUUCUGGCUAUAAGUCUAAAAAAAAUUUCAAGUUGCUGAAAAGUAGUCCAUUUAUAAUAAUUCUCUCUGUGAUAUGCUUUGAUAUCCCAGAAGGUACUCA